GAAAAAGAUACAGUAAGUGCACUAAAAUUACAUUAACUCAAAUUACUAUUGUAUCAAAAAAAUGUUCCUCAUGGUGGUUAGAUAUGGUAUAUCAAAUAUAGUUACAACAAAUGCAGAAUUUUCUGAUCAGUUUUGAGUUAUAUUGUUUUAUUUAGACAUUGUUUGAGUAUGUGUAAAUGCAGUUUAUAAUCUGUAUACACCUAUGAGUAACAUUUUGAAUAAGAAUUUUAAAUAAUGUAUUCAUUAACUUGGGUAGUCCACAUUAACAAUAGAAACAGCUAUAAUGUACAUACCUUUUUAGUCUUACACACAGGGCUAAGAGGCGAACCUGAACAGGUAAAUAACGUUUGAUUAUCAACCUGUAAAAUAAUAACAAAUAUAUAUACAUAUGCAAAGUGAAAAUUCACCACUGUAUUGAUAAAUAAAAUGCAUGAAGUUAAAUGAAAACCAACCUCAUCUAAGUCAUCAGAAAGACACUCUUCAUCUGAAACUGAGUCACAAAUAGCAUCUUCAUCAUUUUGAAAUACAACAAAACUGUCUUCACUAUCAAUAGAACACUCAGAUACUGUUCUAUUAUUUCUAAAAUUUUGCAAGCAUCUUACAGGAAAUGUCAUGGGGUUAUUUUGUGCACUAAUACAUGGACUUAAAUCUUCAACUGUUGAAAUAGAAUCAACACUUAUUUGAGGCGAAAGUGCAGAAUUAUCUGAUGAAGUACUAUCACGACUGUUCUCAGAAAUAUGUCCAUUAGCCACCGGCAAUGCCGAAUAUUUAUUUUCAGAUACUGUUGACAUAUUAAUAUGUUCAGAGCCUUUAUUUAUAUCUAAUAAGCUGGAGUUUCCUAUGAGACAAUUGUUGGUCGCAUACAUUGUUACCAUGCUAUUAGAACAUAAGUUUAGUUCAUACUCAAUAUUAGCAAAAUUUAAAGGAAGUAUACCACUUUCUAUUGACACGUAGGGUUUUGGGAAUAUUCCUUUAGUAACAUCAGCAUAUGACCUUUUGGGAUUCAUGGGUACCUGAGAAAUGGUUGAAGAAGAGGUUUUAAAUCCUGAAGGAGAAUUGUUAUUGUGAAGCGUGUCUGGAAAAGGUUCCUUGGUGGUUUCUUUCAUGCUGUGAUCAUCUCUAUUAUGAAAACUAUUGACUAUAGCAUCCAACAGAUUACAAAUAUUAUGAGAUGAAUUCGAACUAGCUUGACUAUUUGUGCCCACAAAACCACCAACAAUAUAUGAUACGGCUACUGACGAAGAUCCUGCAAAAGAAGUCAUGGGUGGAAGAAUUUUCGAAGCCUUCCCCAAUAAACUUGUCUUCUGUAGUGUAUCUUGACUAGUGUUGAAAUCACUAAACAUAUCUAACAUCGGUUUCACAGCCUCUUUAUUUGUUGUACUUGAACAUCCAUCAAUAUUGCCUUUAGUAGAAAAGUGUCUAUCAAAAUUUGGAGUGCUAAAAACUGGUGACAUUCUAAAUUUUCUUUGGGCUCCUUGUCUCAAAUUAAAUUGAUAAUCCAUUAUUUAUUUACUUCGAGACAAUGUUUUUUAAAAGUUGCAAUAAAAAAUUAAUUCAUUUAUGUAGUCAUUUUAGAGAUACAUUGUAAUUUCUCAGAAACAACACAUACUGACAACAAACUUCAUUAAAUAAUUGUCCAUCAAAUACUUCAGCCAAGAACAGGUUUUGAAGGAGUCUCUGCCUUUUUCAAAAUAUUUUAAAAGAUGUAAAUCAAUGAUAAAUUUUCGAUGAAAUAACUGACCUUUGUGGGUAACAAUGUUUCUUUCUGGAUUCUUACCAAUAAUUCUGUUAUGAUAUCUUCUCAAAAACACUGCAGAGGUCUUCACUAAUGUUGAAUCAAAAAUAUUGGUUUCAAAUAAAACAGAUUCUUCUCUUAAGCAAGACAUUUUUAAAAACAUUUUACACAACUGUUCAAUCGUACUAGUUAUUCAGCCAUUUUUCUAGAACAUGAAACACUCACUUCUGACGUCAUGGAAACCUUAUUAAUAUUUUAUUUUUAAAUUUGAACAUAAUUAUCAUAAAGAUAAGUUUGAAGCAAAUGAUUUAAUUUUUAAACUACACUUGUAUGAAUUAAGUUGGAAUCACUAUUGUUUUAUUAUAUUUAAUUUAAAAUCAAAUCAUAUUUAGGCAGCAGUGGUAUUUUUAUCAGUAUUCACCCAUUUGACAUCGUUCAGAUUUUUAAUAACUUCUGUAGUGAUUAAAACACCUAAUACUUCUAAAUAAUACCCAAAAAUACUCCGGAUAUUCUAUUUCAUUCCUUGUUCCUUUGUGUUUUUAUUUAAUAACUUUAAUUAUGAAAAUUUUUUUAUGGCUAAUCAUUUCUACUAAUCUUUUCUACAUGUUUGUGAUUUCCAAUUUUUGUUUGUUAGUUUGAUAUACAAGUUUUGUUGUGUCACAUGAAAAUUAUUAACUGUUAUCUUUUUUGUUAAAAGUGAAAUCGUGUUAAAUUGUUCCUAAAUAUAUAUAUAUUUAGGAACUUUAUCAAUUUUAUUGAUAUAAAUGUUUUACUAAUUUGACUUCAAAAUAUAAAUAAAAUCAGUAUUAAAUAUUGCACAUCAUUGUUUAUGUAAUUUUUAAAUUGAACUUACAAUUGAUGAAAUGCUGCUUUAUUCUUUAAAUCGGUCAAGGGCAAUUUUUAGAAAUGCUGCAAUAUCUGUGUUCAGUGGUGUAAAUAUUCAACAUAUUUGAUAUUUUAGCUUUGGCUAAUUAUUUGAUUUCGUCAAGGCAUCAAGAUAUGGAAAUGAUAAUUUAAAAAAAAAUUAAAGUCAUGUAGAAAUGGUUGAUUUUAGGGUACAUAUCACAUACAUAUGAUCAGAACACAAAAAUUGACUCAAUAAAUAUAGAAUUUAGAAGAAUACCUCCUAAUGAUUUAAAAUGAUGAUUUUUUAUUCUAACGAUACAUUUCUAAUUUAUAUUUAUUAAUUAAUUUAGGCUUUCUGCCCUUUAAAAACUUUACCUUUUAUAAUUGGACCUUUUAUUUAAUAGUAAGAUUCCUGAGUCAAAACCAUGCAGUAUACAUGUCAGGAAAGAUUGAUUUAAGGAACCAAUCAUAAUUUCUAGGGAUGACCCUUUAUUCAUGAAGAGAAGUUUUUUUUAAUUUAUAUAUUUAAAGAAGAAAUUUGAUUCCUAAUAGGUCUAUGAUCUGUUUAAAUUUAGAUCAUAACCUCUUCCAAUGUUUUCUAACACUGUUAUUUUUUUACAUUGCAAUGCAAAUUAAUGAAUAUUACUUUGAUUUAUGGUAGAAAAAACAAAAAUGAUGGAUUCAGUUUCCCUUUUACCAGUUGAAGUUGCCCAAAAAAUAUUUAAAUUUCUGAGUAUCAAAGAUCUUUACCAAUGCAUGAGUGUCUGUAAAAGUUGGAGAAAUUUAAUUAAUUGUAAUUAUGUAUGGGGUCAUUUCUACAAAAUUUAUGAUAUAGAACAAUUAUUUGAAGAAAUAGAUGAUGAUAGUGAUGAAACAAAGACCCUGAGUCCGUUGUGUUCCUACGCUAUAGAAUUGAAGAGAUUUUUAUUAAGUCCAGCUUUCAAUUGGAGGUCCAGAAGAUCAAAUAGUUAUUAUAUUAAUUUGAAGUAUCGGCAAUGGAAAGUUAUUUGUUGUGAGCCCUAUAUAGCUAUGUUAUAUUCAUCUGUCAAUGAACUACAUAUCUUUUGUUGUGUGGCUGAUUCAGUUGAAUGUAUAGAUGUUGUGUCUAUAAAUUUACCUGUGAACAGCAUAGAACAACAAAUUUUUAUUAAUAAAAAGUAUAUUGUUAUUGGUGCUUUCAAUAUUACGUUAGUUUAUAAGUUGAUAGACAAAAGUUUUAAAUUAUAUAAAGCUUUUGCAUCAAAAUGUGAUUCAUGUAUUAUUUCCUCUGAUCAUGCAUUUAAUGAUUUUAUUCAAGAAAAUAUUUUGUCUGAUUAUGUAGUAUUUGAAAAAGUUUUGAUUGGUGACAUGUUAUGGAUAACAGCAGUAAAUGGAAUGAAACAUAUUAUAAAUCUUAGUACUGGAAAACAGGAUAUGAAGCAAAAUCUUUUCUUGUAUACUAAAGCAAUGCAAAAUUCGCAAUAUGUUCUUAAUUAUGAAGAUGUCAAUGUAAUAUUGACUGAUAUUAAUGGAUUGAUCAUUUCUUCUUUUAGAGUUUCUCAUAGUGAUAAAAUAUUUUACAUGAACAAAUCUAUAUUAGUUAUUUGUUUUCCAAGGACGAUUGAAGAUGACCAGUACACUAUCGAAUGUAGAGAAAUAAUGACUGGGUUAUUGAUUAGAACACUGUCAGUUAAUGAAAGAACUAGAGUUACAUUACAUCCGAAAAAAUCAGUUUUGUACUUAUUAUCAACUCAGAGUGAUUUAUAUAAAGUUAGUUCAUUUUGUAUUGACACUGGGGUUAUUAUUUGGAACUAUGAAAUAAGUUGUGGGCCUCAUAUGUUUUGGGGUGCUUUUCUCACUGUAGUCAAUGAAAGAUUUCUUUUUGUUUAUCCUGCUCCUUAUUGUGAUGAUUUGUCUGCUCUGUUUAACUUACAAGGUAAAUUACUUUAUGAAGAAGUUUAUUUCACAAGCGGUAUUCUAAUUCAUUUCUCAGAUGCAGUUAUUUUGGCUAAAGAAGAAGGUCGUUUACAUGUAUGUAUAUUUAAUGAACCUUUUCAUUAUUGAUGGUUUAAGAAAAAUGUAAUAUAUAUUUUGUAUUCACUAGUGCCUUAAUUAAUUAUUUUUAUAAAACAGGUCAGGAAUUAAAAUUAUUUAUAAAUUAUGAUAUUUAUUUAAUUUAUUGUGAAAGGAGUCUGUUACUUAUGUAUAAGUUACUUAAGUUUUGUUUAUACUUUUUUUGUUCCAAUAAUAAAAUAUUUUCUAUAAAUUUUGUUUUAUGUUUGUGUAUAAUUUUUUUUUUUUUUUCUAAAUUGAGAGAACUUUUACUGAUUUCACUAUUAAAAAGGAAUUAAUCC